CGCCCACGCCCUCACUUCCUGGGGCGGGCGGGUUGAACAUGGCGGCGGGCGGCCGGGGCGGGCGGUCGAUCCUCCGCUGCGCCGCGGCCGCUCUGCUCCUCGCAGCCGUGCUGGGAAGAGCCACCGCCUCUUCCUCCUCCUCCUCCCGGGCGGGCAGCCCCGGCGAGCCGCGGAGCCGCGUGCAAGUGCUGGGCGGCUCCAACUGGAGCCUGGUGUUGCAGGGCCAGUGGAUGUUGGAGUUCUAUGCUCCUUGGUGUGCAGCUUGUCAACAGAUUGAAUUGGCAUGGGAGAGUUUCGCAAAGGAAAGCGAACAUCUAGGUAUCACUGUGGGAAAGGUGGAUGUCACUCAAGAACCAGGUUUGAGUGGUCGUUUCUUUGUCACAACACUUCCUACAAUUUACCAUGCAAAUGAUGGAGUAUUUCGCAGGUACCGGGGCUCACGGACAUUGGAAGAUCUUCAAGUUUAUGUUCUAGAAAGAAAAUGGAAAGCUGUGGAGCCUGUAGCAGGAUGGAGGUCUCCAUCUUCUAUAAUGAUGCAUGGCAUGGCAGGGCUGUUUCACCUCUCUGGAUGGAUCAGGCAAAUUCAUACCUACCUCACUGGCACUCUUGGAAUUCAUGUUUGGAUUUCUUAUGCAAUCUUCUUCUUAGCUACCUUAUUGAUUGGCCUGUUCCUGGGCUUGAUACUUGUUUUGAUUUCGGACUGCCUUUGCCCAUCCAAGUCAAGAUACGGACCUGAAACGUCUGAUGAAGCAAUUACAAAGGAUAAUGUGGAGAAUGCGGCAUUAGAAGAACCGGAGGAGGCUGCAGAGCUUUCCGCAGAUGAUGCGGAAGAGGCUGCAGAUGUAAAAGAUCUCUCAGAUGGAGAAGAUGCAGCAAAUUCAAGUGCUGAUGACUCAGAGGAGGGUUUAGCGCUUGGAAAAGAAUCAGGGGAAGAAGAAAUGGAAGACUUAAGUGAACAACCUUUAGCUGAUUCAGAGACUGAAAGCUCAGUAAGGCAGCGUAAAAGUCAGGUGGCUGAUAAUGGACUAUAGCUGUUUUGGUGGUGUAUUUUGUACACUUGGACCAAAGAAGUAUCAGACCCUGCGUCUGAAGCUGAAGCUUACACUUGAUUUGUCAUUUGUGUUUACGCAAAACCUCUGCUCUGUCAGCAGGCUUCUCUUUUUUUAAGCUAAUACUUGCUCAUUGGGUUGUUUUAUAAGCACAUAUGCUGUGUAUUGUAUAACUUUAGCCAUGACAAUCAAAAUAAGUAUAUCUUAUCUGUUUGCAGUCUUCUAAGAGAAAAGAGGUGUUACAGCGUCUCAGUUCACCAGCUAUAAAAUGGUUUAUCUAUGUUUGUGUUCCUUUAGGUAUUGACCUAAGCAAGAUCAGGAGUUUUAACUCUUUACCGUAGCUUGGCAGGACUGUGACUUUUCUGUCUGGAUGUUUAUUGUUUCCAAAAGCCACGGAAGCACCACAUAAGUGAUACAGUAGUGAAAGAAGGCACCUUACUAGUCUUCUGUUAAAAAUGUUGUGUAUGAUGGAUUUAUUUUUAUCGCUUUCAACUGAAGCACCUUUCUCUUUCAUUUUUAUUAAUGUUUGUUUUGAAAGUUUAUCAUACAGUAUGCUGUGUGCCCCCAGAUUUUUCAUUUUUUUGGUAAUUUGGAGGCAGGCUGCACAGCUCAAGCUUGUCAGCUGAGUGGGGUUUUUUUAACCCAAGGAGUCUGAGUAAUUGAAAACCUCAGUCCGAGAAAGAAUGGCAGCUAAAUGUUUAAAAUAUAUUUGAACUUUUGAAAGGUUUAAAGGAAAUUAUGUUGGUGGGGGGCGGAUUUUUGCCAAAGCAGGACUUUUUUUUUUUUCUUUUUUCCCCUUUCAAUAGAUUGUAGCAAGAAGUAUUCACUUUGCAGCAAGUUGUGUAUUUCUUGCCAAUACAAGCGUGUCAUAUGCAGUGCAGUUCUACCAUUUCCAUCUCGGAAUAGUUUUGGCAGAACUCAAACUGCUUCAGUAAUAUUAACUGAAGAGGCACUUAAGGUUUUACCUUUGAUCGCUUUUCUACUUUUUGUCACUGAAAUCGGCACAUUAGGAAAAGAGAGGGGCAGGGGUGGGUAGUAGGGCAAAGCUUUUUUGGGUUAUCUUUUAUCAAGAUAAACGUGUAUCUAUUGAAUUGUGUAAUGUGGAAAUGGCUUGCUAGAUAGACAGCAUUAGGCGUGGUUAGAAGAUUUAAGUCAUUAAAGAUAUCAGUAUUUCCCUCCUUUGACUUGGUUAAUAUAUAAGGCUUUUUUUUUGGUGAGGAAUACCUACAGUGGGGUCCUGUAUGUUCCUAUUUUGUUGAUGUGUGUUCAUGUGCAUAAGAUGUGUUUUAAUCUUGAUUUUAUUUUUUUUAAAUGUAUAUAUUGCAUAAACCUUGCUAACGUGCAUGAAUUUCAUCUUGUUCUUCAAGAAUAAAGAGUAAUCAGAGAUGAAA